AGGAGACUUUGAUCCUCGCAUGUGUGAAACUAUCUUUGCUUUGCAAUUUCCCAUGUUCUUCCAACGCUCCAAUUCAAAUUAUCGAAUCUAUUUCUCUUCCGAUUCAUUUUUCAUGACCCAAAUUUCUAAUUAGGGUUUUACUAGGGUUUUUCGUUUCUAAAUUCUUAACCCUAAAUCCCUAAAUCCCUUCUAUUCAAUUCUUGUUCACCUCGCUAGGGUUUUCAUUUUCUUGAUCGAUUACUAUAUUUCUCUUUCUUUUUAUGGGAUCAUCUAGAAAUGCUAACGUAACGGGACAAUGUGGGGGUGAUAGAAUGGCGAUUCAUGGGUGAGAAAGAAUGGUGUUGUCGGAUGUUUUACGACUGGGUGAAGUGAUAUGAAGUGUUGAAUAUGAGCCAUGGAGGCGGGGAGAGUGGAAGAGUACGUGAUAAUUCACAACUUGUAAAGAGAAAAUCGGGUUCAAGUGGUGAUGAGUUUGCCCAAUCAAUUGCAAAGAUUGCUGUAGCACAAAUAUGUGAAAGUACUGGGUUUCAGGCCUUUCAGCAAUCUGCUCUUGACACGCUAUCUGACAUUACUGUUCGGUAUAUACAUAAUCUCGGAAAGCUUGCGCAUGGUAAUGCUAAUUUAGCGGGUAGAUCUGAGGGUAAUGCAUUUGAUAUUAUUCAAGCAUUGGAAGAGCUGGGUUCUACCCUGGGAUUUGCUGGUGCAUCUGAUGUUGACCAUUGUAUUGCCAGUUCAGGUACAGUGAGGGAACUUACUCAGUAUGUUGGUACUUCAGAGGACGUUGCCUUUGCCUAUUCUCUUCCUUCAUUUCCUGUUUUUAGAGAAAGGAAGCCAUUUCCAAGUUUUCUGCAAAGUGGUCUGGAGCCUCCCGGUGAUCACAUUCCAGAUUGGCUGCCUGCAUUUCCUGAUUCUCAGACUUACCUUCAGCUGCCCACACUGAACGAAGGGACUACUGAUUCUAACUUGCUGAAGAGUGAGCAAACAAGGCCAUACCUAAGUACAGAUAGAUCUUCAUUGAACUUGCAACAGCCAUAUGCUUCCAACGGUUCACAGGCGCCUCCUGCUGGUGCAUUGGCUGGUGGUUUAGACAGAAAAAUUGUAGUUGAAGGUAAUCCAUUUCUUGCUGCUCCUUUACAGUUCGGACAGAAAGAAGUUUCUCAUGUUGCUCCUCCAGCUAAACUAUCAAAUGAAACUAUUGUGAGGAAUCCUAUCGAGCGAGAUCAUCUUUGGGGUAACCAGGUGUCUGUGCUGGAUACAUUUGCUCCAGCAAUUGAAGCAAUGAAAAGCAGGCUAUCUGAUUCUUCAGAGGGCCAGGAGAAGGUUCUUUCAAAUCAACGAUCUGCUGUACAAUUUAAGAUCGGGACUAGAAAGAAGUCUUUGAGUAGAGCAGUAGAAUGGAGAUCACAGAAGGGUGAUGAAAAGAUCAGCCCAUGGUCUGGAAAGGAUACCGAUAAUGAUGACAAGAAGAGGAGAGCUGGGGAAAUUUUAAAACAAUCUAUGGAGAACCCCGAGGAAUUUGCUCAUUUGUAAAAUAGGUUUGGUUAGAAUCUGUACAAUUGUUUAGAAAACUAGCAGCAGAAGCUGGUUCCAGGUAGUUAAAGUCAGAGCUUGUGAUUGCCAGAAUAUGGCGCUAGAAUGGGUUACAAACUAUAAAGGGAAUAUUUCCCACUUUAACAAGUUUUGGAGGUAUGUCGGUUAGUUUGUGAUUAUACAUCCAUGUUACUGAAUGAUUCUUUUUAGUGGAAAUUCUAGUUUUCUUA